AUGUCCAAAAACCGCUACGUGGAGCAGCUUGUGCUCAGCCCCUCCUGCGGGCUGAUCCUCAGCCCUGCGGCUCCCUUGCCGGGGACGCCCCUGGCUGCCGUGGCUCAGGCUUUUGGGGACGAAAGGGCACCAAAGGGGCUCACUCCUUCCUCCUUCCUGCGCAUCGGGCAGCUGAGCAAUGUGGACCUCAACGAGGACAUCCGUGAGCUGGAGACGGAGCUCCCUCGGCAGCAUCCUAAUGAGAUCCCCCACAAUGAGAAGCUCCUGUCGCUCAAGUACGAGAGCCUGGACUAUGACAACAGUGAAAACCAGCUGUUCCUGGAGGAGGAGAGGCGGAUAAACCACACAGCUUUCCGGACGGUGGAGAUCAAGCGCUGGGUCAUCUGUGCCAUGAUCGGCAUCCUCACCGGCCUCGUCGCCUGCUUCAUCGACAUCGUGGUGGAGAACCUGGCUGGGCUGAAGUACCGGGUGGUGAAGGGCAACAUCGACAAGUUCACGGAGAAAGGGGGCCUGUCUUUCUCCCUGUUACUCUGGGCCACCCUGAACGCCAGCGUGGUGAUGGUGGGCUCCGUGAUCGUUGCUUUCAUAGAGGUAAGAGUAUGGAACUGGUCUGGGUUGGGGUAUCCCUGUGCCUCCUGCCCCAACUCUUUACAUGGGGGAAGCAGGAUCAUGUCUCCAGAAAACAUGCAAAUUUAUACCCUGGUGAUCAAAGUCUGCGGGGUCAUCCUCUCGGUGGUCGGCGGCCUGGCCGUUGGGAAGGAAGGACCCAUGAUUCACUCUGGAGCGGUGAUUGCUGCCGGGAUCUCCCAGGGAAGAUCCACGUCUUUAAAGCGAGACUUCAAGAUCUUUGAGUACUUCCGCAGAGACACAGAAAAGAGGGACUUUGUCUCGGCUGGAGCUGCUGCUGGCGUCUCGGCUGCCUUUGGUGCCCCCGUGGGGGGUGUCCUCUUCAGCUUGGAGGAAGGGGCUUCCUUCUGGAACCAGUUCCUGACGUGGAGAAUCUUCUUCGCCUCCAUGAUCUCUACGUUCACUCUGAACUCUGUCCUGAGUGUUUACCACGGCAAUGCUUGGGAUCUCUCCAGCCCUGGGCUCAUCAACUUCGGCAGGUUUGAUAAUGAGAAAAUGGGAUACACAAUCCAGGAAAUUCCUAUCUUCAUCUUUAUGGGAGUGGUUGGCGGGAUCCUCGGGGCCCUGUUCAAUGCCCUCAAUUACUGGUUAACGAUGUUCCGGAUCAGGUACAUCCACCGGCCCUGCCUCCAGGUGGUCGAGGCCAUGCUGGUGGCAGCAGUGACGGCCACCGGGGCGAGAGACUGCCAGCCCAUCCAGGGGAGCACGGUGGCAUAUCCCCUGCAGCUUUUCUGUGCUGAUGGAGAGUACAACUCCAUGGCCACUGCCUUCUUCAACACACCUGAGAAGAGUGUCGUCAACCUCUUCCAUGACCCUCCAGGUUCCUACAACCCCAUGACGCUGGGCAUGUUCACACUGAUGUAUUUCUUCCUGGCCUGCUGGACCUAUGGCCUCACGGUGUCUGCGGGGGUCUUCAUCCCCUCCCUGCUGAUCGGCGCUGCCUGGGGGAGGCUCUUCGGCAUCUCCCUGUCCUACCUGACCAAAGGCUCGAUCUGGGCUGACCCUGGGAAGUACGCCCUGAUGGGAGCUGCCGCACAGCUGGGUGGGAUAGUGCGGAUGACACUGAGUCUCACGGUCAUCAUGAUGGAGGCGACGGGCAAUGUCACCUAUGGCUUCCCCAUCAUGCUGGUGCUGAUGACGGCGAAGAUUGUGGGAGACUACUUUGUGGAGGUUUUUGUGGAAAGGGCCAACCUGAGCCUGGUGCAGCGGCGCCUGAAGCUGAAAGAUUUCCGGGACGCCUACCCCCGCUUCCCCCCCAUCCAGUCCAUCCACGUCUCCCAGGACGAGCGCGAGUGCAUGAUCGACCUCAGCGAGUUCAUGAACCCCUCACCCUACACCGUGCCUCAGGUGGUGUCUCUGCCACGGGUUUGCAAUCUCUUCCGAGCCCUGGGGCUACGGCACUUGGUGGUUGUGGACAAUCACAACGAGGUUGUGGGCAUGGUCACCCGCAAGGAUCUUGCCAGGUACCGGCUGGGGAAGGAAGGCCUGGAGGAGCUCUCGCUGGCACAGACGUGACUUGGGGCGGCACUGCCCAGCGGAGAUGUGCCCCGGCCCCUCGGAGCCGGGGACCCCCUUUUGUGAGAGGCAGGGAGAGGACUGGGCCAGCCUGUGCAAGCAUCGCGGUGCCUGGAGCACCGGCACAGCUGUGCUGGACCGGCUCUCCUGCCCAGCGCUGCCUUCCCAUGUCUACUGCCUCCUCUUCUCACCCCUUCCUCUGCUCUCCCGAGGGAUCAAAAUGCACCCUUGGCUCCGUUAGCUUCUGGCAUAGGCUGUCCCUGAGGGUUGGGUGAAGGCUGGAGUGUGCCAGGGGAAGAACUAGUGCCCUGCUGAGCUGGGCACAGUCCCGCUGCCACGGCACAUGGCCUCCAUCACGUCAUCCACCCGGCCUGGGCUGUCUAGGACCUAGCCCUGCCCUGGCCUCUGCUGCAGGGCACGUGUGGGGAGCGGAGGGGACAUGGUGGGGCUCCCUCCUGCUCCCAGGGCCUCGUCCCCCCUGCCCUGUGCUCUUGCUGGCUGGGUCAAGCUGAGCCCUAGGGCAAGCGCUUGUGUCUCUGCCCCUCCAGCUGAGGAGGGGGCCGUGCCC